AGCAUGGGAAGAGGUGGAGAGAUGGAGAUGGGAAGAGACAUCACUCUGGGGAGGCUUAGUAACCAUGUCGCCUUUGAAACCGAUAUCAAGAACGAGAACAACAACGAUCAAAACCAGUGUGAGGAAGCAAGAUGGAGGAAGUUCUUGGCAUAUGUUGGACCAGGUUUUCUUGUGUCAUUGGCUUAUCUUGAUCCUGGAAACUUGGAGACUGAUCUUCAAGCAGGAGCUAAUCACAGAUAUGAGCUACUAUGGGUGAUCUUAGUUGGUCUUGUGUUUGCUCUCAUAAUCCAAUCACUAGCAGCAAACCUUGGAGUCACAACAGGGAGACACCUUGCUGAAUUAUGCAAAGCAGAGUAUCCUUGGAUGGUGAAGAUUUGCUUAUGGUUGCUAGCCGAAAUGGCGGUAAUUGCCGCCGAUAUCCCUGAAGUUAUUGGCACUGCAUUUGCUCUGAACAUUCUUUUUCACAUCCCUGUAUGGACUGGAGUUCUUAUCACUGGACUCAGCACUCUCCUUCUUCUUGGACUACAAAGAUAUGGGGUCAGGAAACUUGAGCUUUUGGUGUCUAGUUUGGUGUUUGUCAUGGCUGCAUGCUACUUUGGAGAGAUGAGUUAUGUGAAACCACCUGCAGGAGAAGUGUUGAAAGGACUGUUUAUCCCUAAGCUUAAGGGCAAAGAAGCAACCGGUGAUGCUAUCGCUUUGAUGGGAGCUCUAGUUAUGCCGCAUAAUCUUUUUCUACACUCAGCUUUGGUGCUAUCAAGAAAAACACCACCUUCAAAGAGAGGCAUCAAUGAUGCUUGCAGAUACUUUUUAAUGGAGAGUGGAUUCGCUUUGUUCGUCGCAUUGCUCAUAAACAUAGCUGUUGUCUCCGUCUCUGGCACCGUGUGUUCCUACAAAAACCUCUCGCAAGAUGAUGCCGAUAAAUGCAACAAUCUCACCCUCAAUUCGGCUUCAUUUCUACUCAAGAAUGUGCUUGGGAAAUCAAGCUCAAUUGUGUAUGCAAUAGCAUUGCUUGCAUCUGGACAGAGUUCUACAAUAACAGGAACAUAUGCUGGACAGUACAUCAUGCAGGGAUUUUUGGAUAUCAAGAUGAGAAAAUGGCUUCGAAACCUAAUGACUCGGUGUAUUGCAAUUACACCAAGCCUCAUCGUCUCAAUCAUCGGUGGCUCUUCAGGUGCCGGCCGACUAAUCAUCAUCGCAUCGAUGAUACUCUCUUUUGAGCUGCCAUUUGCACUAAUUCCUCUACUCAAAUUCAGUAGCAGCAAAACAAAGAUGGGUCCUCACAAGAACUCAAUCUAUAUCAUCGUCGUGUCAUGGAUACUCGGACUAUGUAUUAUUGGAAUCAACAUAUACUACUUAAUCACCGGCUUUGUCGACUGGCUUAUUCACAAUAGUCUUCCUAAAGUCGCUAAUGUCUUCAUUGGUCUCAUUGUUUUUCCGGUUAUGGCUAUCUAUAUCUUCUCAAUUAUCUACUUAACUUUUAGGAAGGACACUGUUGUGACAUUCAUUGAUACAUCUGAAGCAAAACAGAGUGAAAUGGAGAAGGGAGAUUGUGCCAUUGAUGGUGCUAAAGAGAGCUGUUAUGUAACUUAUAGAGAGGACCUUGCAGAUAUACCCCUUCCUCAGUGAAUUUCAUUGUAUUUCAUUACUUAUAUAUAUAUAUUACUGUUAUUUAUUUUAUUAAGUUUGAGUGUAGAUA